CUCCAUAUUGCGCUAAAGCAGGCCAGACGGUGAUGCUGCUCCCUCGUUCAGAAUGUCAUACCCAGGCUAUCCCCCUACAGGCUACCCACCUUUCCCUGGAUAUCCUCCUGCAGGCCAGGAGUUAUCUUUUCCCCCUCCAGGUCAGUAUCCAUAUCCCAGUGGCUUUCCACCAAUGGGAGGAGGUGCUUACCCACCAGCACCAAGUGGCAGCUACCCAGGAGCUGGAGGUUACCCUACACCUGGAGGUUAUCCAGCCCCUGGGGGCUAUCCUGUUACCCCACAUCCAGGGGGUGCUCCAGCCUAUCCAGGAGGACAAGGCUUUGGAGCCCCACCUGGUGGAGCAGGCUUUUCUGGCUAUCCACAGCCACCGCAGUCUUAUGGUGGUGGACCAGCCCAGGUUCCAGUACCAGGUGGCUUUUCUGGAGGGAAGAUGCCUUCUCAGUACUCUGGAAGACAAGCUCCUUACCCUAGCCAGCCUGCUGCGAUGACUCAGGGCACCCAAGGAACAAUCCGACCAGCCUCCAACUUUGAUGCUAUGAGAGAUGCAGAAAUUCUCCGCAAAGCAAUGAAGGGGUUUGGGACUGAUGAGCAAGCAAUUGUGGACGUUGUGUCUAGUUGUUCCAAUGACCAGAGGCAACAAAUUAAAGCAGCCUUUAAGACCAUGUAUGGCAAGGAUUUAAUUAAAGAUCUCAAGUCAGAAUUGAGUGGAAAUAUGGAAGAACUGAUCCCUGCCCUGUUCAUGCCUCCUACAUACUAUGAUGCCUGGAGUUUACGGAAAGCAAUACAGGGAGCAGGAACUCAAGAAUGUGUAUUGAUAGAGAUUUUAUGCACAAGAACAAAUCAAGAAAUUCGAGACAUUGUUAGAUGUUAUCAAUCAGAAUUUGGACGAGACCUUGAAAAGGACAAGUCAGAUACCUCAGGACAUUUUGAACGUCUCCUUGUGUCCAUGUGCCAGGGAAACCGUGAUGAGAACCAGAGUGUAAACCACCAGAUGGCUCAGGACGAUGCCCAGCGCCUCUAUCAGGCUGGUGAGGGGAAGCUAGGGACAGAUGAGUCCUGCUUCAACAUGAUCCUUGCCACCAGAAGUUUCCCUCAGCUGAAAGCCACUAUGGAGGCUUAUUCCAGGAUGGCUAAUCGAGAUCUGUUAAGCAGUGUAAGCCGAGAGUUCUCUGGAUAUAUUGAAAGUGGUUUGAAGACCAUCUUGCAGUGCACCCUAAACCGCCCCACCUUCUUUGCUGAGAGACUCUACUAUUCCAUGAAGGGCGCUGGCACAGAUGACUCCACCCUGGUCAGGAUUGUGGUCACUCGAAGUGAGAUUGACCUUGUUCAGAUAAAGCAGAUGUUCACUCAGAUGUAUCAGAAGACCCUGAGCACAGUGACUGCUGGUGACACGAGUGGGGACUACAGAAAGCUGCUUCUGGCCAUUGUUGGCCAGUGAGAGUGGUCUUUGUUUUGUUUGUUUCUGUAAUGAAUGAAGCUCUUCAGAGUUCAUCCUUGCAAGCAAUGAGACCUGCAUGCAGCAAUGUCAAUACCACCUAACCAGAGUAGCUUUUUACUAAGGACUGUGUCAGGGUAAGGUGCUUGGUUUGCACAUGUUACUGCCUUAAUUCUAAUGUUAUUCUUUUUUCUUUCUAUACCCAGUCAGUGUAAAAUCUGUAUCAGUGGUGUACUAAUUUUUGCACUAUUUGUAAAGCUUCAUUCUCACUGCUUUUAUUUUAAUCAGGAUUUCAAAUUGAAUAAAAAUCACAGUAAUCUCUAAAAAAA